UCAAACUUUUCCCCAAACCGAAACCCUCGCCUCCACCACCGAUGUCUGACCAUGCCGCCGCCACCGCCGAGGCCGGCACCAACCCUGCCGGACGAGCUGCUAGAGGAGGUCUUGCUCCGCCUUCCCCCGGGCGAGCCGGCGUGCCUCGUGCGCACAUCCCUCGCCAGCAAGCACUGGCUCAGUCUCCUCUCCGGCCCACGCUUCAGCGGUCGCUACCACGAGCACCAUCGAGCUCCCCCCAUGCUGGGAUUCCUUCAUACCUGGCCGGACGGCUGCGGCCCGGAGGAAAAGGAUCCAAUCCCGCACUACAAGCCGACCACAAAAUUUGGUGCACGCUUUCCCGACGAAGACGACUUGGGGUACUACAAGUACGAUGCGCGGGACUGCCGCCAUGGCCGCGUUCUCCUCGGGGUUGAGAAUACAAAACCCAUGGCGCUCUUCGUUUGGGACCUAAUCACAGGCUGCCUGAGCGAGCUGUCCGCACCCGACCUGGGGGUGGACAACUACUAUGGGGCUGCGGUGCUCUGCACCGUAUCCGGCUGUGACCAUCGUAUUUGUCAUGCGGAUCCCUUCCAGGUGGUCUUUGUCGGCCUAGACAGGAAAGCAGUUGGCGACGAUGAUGAUUGUGUUGCACGUGCCUGUGUGUCCUUGCCCUUCCCUCCAUUCGAUGAGUGGGACAAGCCAUGCCCUGCUCUUCAUCUUCCAGGCAGUGCAUUCAUCCAGCCAAUGCCUUCUGUCCUCAUCCAAGAUGCACUACACUUCAUGCUUGAGUAUGCUGAUGAUGCUGAUAGUGUAGAAAUUCUCAAGUAUGACUUGAGCUCUCAUAGCUUAUCACUGAUUGAUGCACCCAUUGAGAAUUCUAACAUUGCCAAUGCCUCUAUCCUCAUGGCGAUGGAGGAUAGCAGUUUGGGAUUUGCACAUGUCAAUGAAUCAACCCUCUACCUGUGGUCAAGACUCAUGGAUUCCAACGGAGUUGCUUCAUGGAGUCAACGUAUAAUUAUCAAUCUCAGGAACCUUCUCCCCAUCGAAAAUCCCGAGGAAAGCCUUAGACUGGUUGGAUCCGUGGAGGGCCGUGAUGUCGUUUUCGUGGCCACGGACCUGGGUAUCUAUGAGAUUAAUGUCAAGUCGCAGCGAUGGAAGAAGAUAUGGAAGAGAGAAAAUUUCCAUGCUUUGAUUCCAUACAUGAGUUUCUACAAUCAACAAGAAAGGGUGAUGCCCAGUGACGUGGCGCAUUGACAUUGUAUGGUUGAAUGUGCUUAAGGGCAGGAUGCCACUCUCAUCAACAAGAAAGAUGACAAGCUUAAGCGGCAGGUGUCCUGUGGUGAAUUAUAUCACUAUAUAGUAGCCCUUUUGGUGCAGUGGUGCUUGCUUGAUUUCUCAUAGUGUUCUUAGCUUUUUUCAAUAAGUUUAUAGUUUCACCUUCAGUUCUUGCAGCUGCAGUAGGAACCAUGUGCCUUGUUUGUUAGUUAAUCUUGUCCAUCCUUCAUGGAAGAAACAAAUUGCCUUUCGAGUUGGCUGCUUUUCUGCAUUCACCCGUCUCUCAUAUUUGGAUCUUAUA